AUGAAAUCGAUGCACAGAGCUCCACUAAUCUCUUCUUCUUCUUCAUCAUCAUCUUCCUCCUCCUCGAGCAACUCUUUCGUCUCUAGGCUUCUCCUUCUAUUGACUCUGCUCCCAGUCUCCCUCGCCUGCCUCGCCUUCAUCCUCCAAUGGCGAGGCGGUGGUCUCGCCGAUCCCGCCUCCGCUUCCGUCAUCUCCUCGACCUCAGUCCCUGGCGGUAACUCCGAUCUCAACCACGAGGUGUUUCCGGGUAUGGAGACUGUCUCGUCCGUCUCCCCGAAAGCUCACCAGUCCUCUUCAUCCGACUGCUCGAAUCUAGCUCGAAGCUCUUCACCUUCCUUUCCUUAUUACGGUGAUUGGAAGUUCGGUGUUGAUUCUAACUUAAAGCCUAAGAUAUGUAUCACGACUAGCACAUCAGCAGGAUUGGAUCAGAUUCUGCCGUGGAUGUUCUACCAUAAGGUUCUUGGCGUCUCCACGUUUUUUCUCUUCGUUGAAGGGAAAGCUGCUACUCCCAGUAUAUCUAAAGUUCUCGAGUCUAUUCCUGGGGUUAAGGUGAUAUACAGGACGAAAGAGCUGGAGGAGAAGCAGGCAAAGAGCCGGAUUUGGAAUGAGACGUGGCUUUCUUCGUUCUUUUACAAGCCCUGCAAUUACGAGUUAUUUGUCAAACAAUCUCUCAACAUGGAAAUGGCUAUUGUCAUGGCAAGGGAUGCGGGUAUGGAUUGGAUCCUUCACCUAGACACAGAUGAGCUGAUAUACCCAGCAGGUGCUCGUGAGUACUCAUUGAGACGGUUGCUCCUCGAUGUUCCUCCAAAUGUGGAUAUGGUUAUAUUUCCAAAUUAUGAAAGCAGCGUAGAAAGAGAUGAUAUCAAGGAUCCUUUCACAGAGGUGUCAAUGUUUAAAAAGAACUAUGACCAUCUUCCAAAGGAUACAUAUUUUGGAAUGUACAAAGAAGCAACACGGAAUAAUCCAAACUACUUCUUGACUUAUGGUAAUGGCAAAUCAGUUGCUCGGGUUCAAGAUCACCUCCGACCAAAUGGAGCACACAGAUGGCAUAAUUACAUGAAAACUCCCAAUGAGAUCAAACUGGAGGAGGCAGCUGUCUUACACUACACAUAUGCCAAAUUCUCCGACUUAACAUCCAGGCGUGACCGAUGUGGUUGCAAGCCGACAAAAGAAGACGUGAAAAGAUGCUUUAUGUUGGAUUUUGAUAGAUCUGCAUUUAUAAUUGCGUCAACAGCAACUGAAGAUGAAAUGAUAAGCUGGUACCGUGAACAUGUUGUGUGGGGAGACAAAGAAGUGAAGAUGAAACUCCUUAGGAAGGGUAUACUGACUCGCAUUUAUUCACCAAUGGUGGUUAUACAAGCAUUGAAGGAGUCUGGUGUUUUCAGCUCGGUUGUGUCAUCAGCUUCAUCGAAUCUUUCAAAGAAACAGUUCUUAGCAUCAAUGCACAAAGGCAACUCUUCGAAAACUACAGAAUCUGAGUCCCUUCCUUUAAAGGACAAGGAGUCUCAGGGCAUCUCUGCAAGACACCUUCUAGGAACUGAAUCAGCGGUUCCUCCUUUAUCACCUCCUGGGAUGGAACACGCUAGAUUUGUCACAGAGGAUUAACUGAUUUUUGCUUUGCUUCCUCCUCCUUACUGAGUGAUAUUAAUACUCGAUGCAAUGCUAGUGCUUGUGUAGCUUUAGGAGGAUGAGUAAAGAAAAAACGGCUUUGUAUGAUUUUUUGGAUAUACUUUCCCCAAAUUUGGAGCUGCUUAUAAUGUGGAUAAUAUAUAUUUGUUUUAUAUUCAACUUUGAGUUUUAGCAUU